GUGAAAAUGUGUCUAAACUUAGGAGUGUUAUGAGGUAACCAGUGUUACCCUAUGUCACCCCAACCAUUUAUAGCCUAUACAUUACAGCUCAGUGGAGGAUUAUGUUUCUGUGUACGACUGUGGGCGGGUGGCGCAGUGGGAUUUUGGAACAUGGCCAGUGUGGAUACAUAUGUUUAGAUUAGCCUUACCUCUGGGUCAUGUGUUUUAAAACCUUAAUAAUUAUUAAAACAAACAAAAAAAAAAAAGUAGAAUGUGUCAGUGUAUCAGUCUGCUCUCUACAUGUUUCAGUGAGUGGACAUGAUGGUGUGGGAGGUGGUGACUCCAGCUGUGCUGCCAAGUGAUCCCAAAUAUCACAACCUGCAGGAGCCCGAGCCUCAGGCUGAACACACAGGAAUGGUGAUGGAUACAGAUGGAGACCAGUCACAUGAUCCGCUCCGCUGUGACGAACAUUUCCCCUCCUCACCUGACUUUCCCACCAGCGACAGCUACAUGGAAUAUGACGACCUCCCAGAUCUACAGGAGGUUCGAGAAGAAGCAACAGCAGCACCUGUGUACCAGGUGGAGGUGGGCGUGUCGCACCAGGAGCGACAUGCACACGCACACAACUCGCCGCCUCCAGACACACACUGGCUGACGCAGCUGGCACACAUCGCCACUGGACCUCAGAGCCCACUGUUACAGGAGCCUCCUCGCAGCAGCCCGUCUUCAGUCUGCAUCCCGAGCACCAGCAGUGAUCUACAUUCCUACGCUCGGCCUCCUCCUCUCCCCAGCAGCACCUUGUCGUCCUCCAGGGGUCACCUCAGGGAGCGCCGGCGCAGCAGGAAGAGCAGUGAGUGUGGCUCUGCAGUGUCAACCAGAUCCUCUCUGUCUGACGAUGAGGACAUGGGCUGGAGCUUCUCCUGCCCACCCACCGCCUGGCACUGCUUUGUCAAAGGAAGUCAUGUACGUUUCCACAGUGGCUCUAAUGUGAAGUGGCAGGACGUUGAGGACCUGGAGGAAGACUCUGCUGAUGAGGAGCAGUCCAGAUUUCUGAAGAGUUAUGGCUCUGAGGGUCUGCAGCUGGUGGAGCAUGCAGAGAUUGUUUUGUCUGGUCAGGCUGUCCUACAGCUGACCUUUGACCCUGGGGCAUUUGGAUGUACCCCCAUUACUGCCCGCUGCCAACUUGAUCACCCCUUCUAUGUCAAAAACAAAGGGUGGUCGUCAUUCUACCCGAGCCUGACAGUGGUGCAUUAUGGGAUACCAUGCUAUGAAAUGGAAGUAGGAGACGUGUGCCUUCCUCCGGGACACAGAGAUGCAAAGCACACGGAUGAUUCACUGGUCUUUGACACGUUCAAAAGUUAUGACUUCACUCCUCUGGACUCCUCUGCGGUUUACGUGUUGAGCAGUAUGGCCAGACGGCGACACGCCUCCCAGUCCAGCGGGGGAGCUGUUUCUCCAGACAGAGACAUGUUACAAGACCCGCACAGUCCCAGUCAUUCCCACUCCAGUCAGCAAAAGGCAGCCAAAGGCCGGCCUGUCAGCGCACAGGGAGGCAACACUGCCACGCCAACCAAGUGCAAGCGGCCAAUGAACGCCUUCAUGCUGUUUGCCAAGAAGUUCAGAGUGGAGUACACGCAGAUGUACCCAGGCAAGGACAACAGAGCGAUCAGCGUCCUCCUCGGCGAGCGGUGGAAGAAAAUGCGAAGCGAGGAGCGCCGCGCUUUCACCAUACAGGCCAAAGCACUCGCCGACGAGCAGAAGAGACUCAACCCAGACUGCUGGAAACGCAAACGAACCAACUCUGGUUGUCAAGGAAAUUAAGGCUACAGAGAAGAAAAGAGGACAACUGACAGAGCCUGUAGGAGUACAAACACACACUCUCUCACACAUAUUCAGAAGUGACAAGGAAAAAAAAAACAGCUAUGCACAACCCCAUCCUAUGCUUCAGUACUAUAUUUAAUGUUGUCUUGAUCUCCCAAAUUUGUGAGAUUCUCAUGAAUCUUGUUACAGUGAAAAUCGAGCAGCAGCCUCUGCUUUAGCAAACACUUGAAGCUCCUCUCAAAAAAAAAAGUCACUUCUCUUUUUCUUGCUUUUUUUCGAAGGUGCUACACGUAACAUUUUGAAGUGCUACAAAUCGUUAUUUGUUAAUAGGAAUUCUAACAAGGUGUCAAACGUUGACCUUUAAUGCUGCAGAGCACCGUAGUGUUUCCUACUAGAAGACAUUUUUCCAAACGAAUCUACAAAGCAGAUCAGCGGGUUUUAGCGACGACUGGAGUUCGUCUCCACGCAUGAUUUUACAGCAAUGUGACAAUACAAAAAAACACAAGAGACUCUGAUUCAUUUCGGUUUCUCACUAUAUGCUUGAAACAGGUGGAAGUUGUGGUGCUGUAACCUUUUAGCCAAAGUAGAGAAUGUAGCUAUUUUCCCAAAAUUAUAUAUAUAUUACACAAUACGAAAUAUACAAUUGAUAUUUUUUGCCUGUAUUAUUUGUACUUGGACUCAGUGUUAUUGCACAAGACUAUAUAUAUAUUUUAACUUUGCUUUCAUUUAAUUUAUCGUAUAAUGUUUAGUUAAUAAACUAAUGUAUACCAUAAGUUCUUAAUAGGGGCCUGGGUUUUUAUUCACCUCACCUAAACAGAGAAUAACGUUAUUAGAGACAACUGAGUCUAAUUUUUACCAGUUUUUAAAUUGUUUUAUUGUAGUAAAAAGACUCCACUAGCACUUACGUUUUUCCCUGUACAGGUCACUUGUGGAGUUACGGUCAGUGGCACUCACCAAAGCCUAAUAUGUACAUCCUUGAGGAUAUGUUUAGUGCAGGUUCUUCCUCAUAAAACAUUUGCAAAGCCAGUUUUUAGGGCACAUUGCUGCGUAUCCUGGAGCAUUACUGCCACCUGUUGAUCAGUCAUCGGCAGGACUUGUCAGCAGUGUGAUCAUGAUCAAAACCAGGAUGGCUUUGGUGCUACUAGAGGUCUAAAACUCCACAAGGAACCUUUAAAAGAACCCCCAGAAUUACUACCUAAAGCUGUUAUUCUGAAACAUGAAAAAAGGGUCGAAUUUCUCUCCUUGAGGGAAACAAACAAAGAUAUAUUGUUUUUGGUAUUCAUGCUGUUGAAAUGUUGAAUACCUCCGAUCCCCUCAUUUUCCCUUCUGUUUUUAUUAGAGAAGAGCCUUUUAUUUGAUGAUUUGCAGUAAUUUAACAUCAUCAGUACAAAUCCAAAUGGAUGCACAUAGUAUACAUUAAAUUUCCAUGGUAGCUCAGGCAGCAGGAUGAAGUAGGGCUUUGAUUUGGACUUGUCAGCUACCUACACUGCUGAAGUGACCCUGAGCAAGACAAUGCUUUCCCCCAGCAUCUGUAAGGGAAGACAGAAAACACACUCUUCUUGAUUUUAACAUCUCUGUGUGCCAUAAUAAGAAUCUUUAGCUUUGUUGUAUGGAAGUAUAAUGAAAGAUAAAUAAAUACAGGUGACGGCUGAUGAGUGUUCUUGUUGCUCAAAGGUUUAAUUACAGCCUUUCCAUAGAAAAAAAAAUAUGGCUCCUGCUGAACCAGUUAGCUACCAUAGGUUUGAGACUUUUUUGUUUGUUCUGUUCCUUGAUAAAAAGUCUUGCAUAGUAAAAAACACAGUGGCUGCCCACUCCCACUCUCUAGCCACUGUCAUUCAGGUAGUGUGCACACUGAGAAAAAUGUAAACAUUUAAUGACUCAAAUUGAACCAAACUGAUAUAAUCAGUGAUCAACAGUUACUGUGAACACUUGGUGGAGCUCACUGAACCAAAGUGGGCUUCACUAGUCAUUCAAUAUGAUCAGGAAUCAGAGAAAAAUACAAGGUUUUUUUUAAAAUCAGGAUUUUUUGAUUUUGUGUGUGUCAGAAAUAAGCAAGAUAGUUUUCUUUAAAUCUCUUUGGAUGUGAUUACAUGCACUUGUAAGCUUCAAAGAGAGAAGAGAUGUUUGCAUCUUGUGCCCUAGAGGUUGAGGCUGACUUAGAGUUUCAAAUAAAAAGGAAUAUUACGCAUGAAGAACUCAUUUUUCCUGUCAAACAGCCCUCAAAAUUGAUUAUACGUGUCUGAAUAUUCUGAUCUGGCUCCUGUCAGAAAUCAGAUGAGGCAACAUAUCUGUUUAUUUAUGAAGAAUUUUUCCCUGAAAAACAAGACCCAGUGCUGAACAAAUAUUAUCUUUAAGAAAAGAAAUCUGCCUUGGUAAUGUGAUAUUACCUCGAGUGCAUGUAAACACACCCACUGCAAACAUGGUCUGGAAUUCAGCAGGUAUAUGGGAACCCAGCUGUGUGAGGCUUCAGAAAUGUCACUUGAUUUGAUGAGAGUAGGUGUAUGUAGAUUUAUUAUCCAUGCAAAGUGUGAAGGCAGGAUGGGAAAAACCUUUAAAUACCCCCAGGAUGGGCACUCAUAUUCUCACUGCAUAACGAGGUUUAUUCUUAAUGCACUAUAUACACUUUAUCUUAUGUGACUGCUACAGUAUCAUGUGUAAUGACAAAUAUUAAAAUGAUUAUAUAGAAAUAUAUCUAUUUUUUGGUUUGACUUAAUCUUUGGUAACUUUUCAUGGUUGUGCUUUGGAUCAUUUUGUCUUUGCUAUCAUGUCGUGUACAGGUCGAUCAGGGGAGACAAUGCAAUACAUUGUGUGAUAGUAAAAAUAAAAGCGUGAUACAUCUGC